GCGGAGUCGACUCUGACGUCGAUGUGCAACGUCCAAUGAGAACCUGCAGUUUCGGAAAUGAGGAAGUGCAGAGAGAAGUCGUGAGGAAUAAUUUGGAGUUAUCUAUGAUUCCGCGGCAAACUAAAGCAUUAUUACCCGCUGUUUUACGUAAGUCAUGGCAGAACACAGGCAACCCGCUGACAGGCCUCAGAGGAAGAUGUCCACCUCAGGAGAUAGUCUAUAUAAAGUGCUAGGACUGGAGAAAGGGGCUUCAGCUGAGGACAUUAAGCGAGCCUACAGGAAACUUGCCCUGAAAUACCACCCAGACAAAAAUCCAGACAAUCCGGAAGCUGCUGAGAAGUUCAAAGAGAUUAAUAAUGCCAACUCCAUCCUCAAUGAUGAGACCAAGAGAAGGAUUUAUGACGAAUAUGGCACCAUGGGUCUAUAUGUCUCUGAGCAAUUUGGAGAGGAGAGUGUCAAAUACUACUUCCUCAUGUCAAAGUGGUGGUUCAAGGCAAUGGCAUUGUGCUGCACAGUUUUCACCUGCUGCUUCUGUUGCUGCUGCUGCUGUUUUUGCUGCGGGAAGUGUAAGCCUCCCGAGGAUGAUGAGAACUACCAGUAUGUGGACCCAGAGGACCUUGAGGCUCAGAUCAAAGCAGAACAAGAUGGAGGUGAAACCAUUAUAAUUGUUCAACCCAUGCCAGGUCCAGCUCCAGAGAACAGCGGUGACAUGACAGAUUCAAAGUGACUCCAGGGCGAUGAGCUAGAUGAGCUGCAUCAGGGAAGAAGAGGCUCAAGUGCCUCAAUUGUGAUCCAACCACAUUCCACCAACACAUUGAAAACCACCCACUUUGCAGCCAGCCAGCCUGCCCACAUACUUCUUCCAGCAGUGAGCCACUGGCCCACUCCAGGGAUGAGGGCUUCCACCUUGGGCUCCUCACUACCACUAAUGGAAUAGAGAGUUUCAAACUGUGGCCUCUGCCCCAGUCCUCAGUAUUGACUUUUGAAGUUUGCCAAAAGAUGCAAAACUUUUGCUGAGCUCAACUGAAUUGUUUGUCUAGUGUCUGUUACUCUCAUCCAGAAAUAUUCCAGACUGUGAGCCUGGUAGCAUUUGAAUGAAACGGGUUUGACUCAUGUCAUGACCCUUUUUCCUGGGUCAAUUAUUUUUCUUUUAUUAGGUACUUUUUUUAGUAAUCAGUGCUGGAACUAUCAUGGAGUUCAACCAGGUGCAUGACACGCAAUAUCUGCAUGCCCUUUUUUUUCAGCACUUGUGCACAAUAAACAUGCUCCCAUUAACAUUCCACAACCUCCAAUCGACAACUUUUACACCUCAGUCCUGAUUUCAAACUAAAUCUAAAUGGCCACAACAUAUCUAAAUUGACUUUAAACUGGAGCAUCCAUUUAUCACAAACGCAUGUGUGCUUUUUUUUUUUUUUUGGAAGUCCUAAUCCACUACAAGCUGCUAUUGCAGCAAACUGAGCCAGAUUGUUUCAUUUUUAGUUUUGUCUUGUGGUUUUCUGUAAAUCACAAGUCGUGUUCAUGUUAAGCUGAGAUGCAAUAUCUAGUGCUGGAUUCUCUGUCCAGGGAUAUCACAUCUCAACGGCAUACAAUGACAUACAACUAUUGGUCAGAGAUAUUUAUGGCUAUGCACUUUUCCUGAACUAGUAAAAGCAAAACUAAAAGCUAAUAGAUUUAAAGCUUAAAUCAGUUUUAGUGUUUAAUGCAGCAAAUGGACUGAAAUAAGACCAGUUCCAGUUUAGGUGGACGCUAUGCCAAACCAUGCAAAAUUCUAUUAAUUUGUUUUAAUAGAAGCAUCAAUUACAAGCAUCUUUUUAAAUGUUUUUUUUUUUUUAAAGAAAUGUUAUAUAUUAGCUGUUAAAUUUGUUACAGAUAUGUUUUGCUACAAAUUAUAACUCAGAUCAAGCUUUCUCAACACAAGAGAUGCUCAGAAUAAUGUAAUAGAAAAUUGUAAAUAUCAUUGUUCUGUUUGUUUUUUACUACAGCUGUACAGUUGGACAGUCCAUAUCAUUUAGAUUUAUUGCCAAUGUUUAUCUUUUAUUGCACUGUUGAUUCUGAUUAUUGUUUUUAUUCUCUCACCAUAACAUAUUAACAGUAUUAAGAUUUUGUAAUUCCUAUACUGCGUUCACACUGGCUGGCAACAAGUCACUUGUGUCACACCACAUUUUCUCUUUGGAUGGGGUUUGAGGCUCGUCAUGCUUUUUGGAGUAGGAGUUUAGCAUGUUAGCAUGCUGAUAAGCUACCUGUUGAGCUAUCCACUACUUUCUUUCAAACUUAAUUUUUUUUUUCAAACUGCCCUAUAUUUGUGCAAAAAUGCAUCCUAUAACAAAUCAGUGGCUAUAAUCAUCUCUGUCAUCUUCAGAACCACACUGCUGGGAUAUAAACAAACAAUGUUAGGAAUCAAGCAGAAGCUGCAGUCCUCUGGCCACUGCACCAUAAUUUAUUUGCAUAAAGUUGAAAAGGUCUUAACCCUAUUUGUCGCUUGCCAUUUGUUGUGUGUCGUUGCUUAGAAUGGCGUCCUUCAUUAGGAAAUGCCUGCCAGUGUAAAAGCAGUAUUAAAUAUUGGGGGAGGAUGCCAAAAAAAUAUAUACAAUUUUGUAGCAUUUCCAGGUAUGUUUACCUUAGUUUGCUACACUUGUGUUUUAAAAUAAUUGAACUCUCUCUGCAGUAAAGUGUUUUAGCAAGUUGAACGUUUUUUUUUUAUCUUGUUCACAAUUAAAUCAAAUAUAUAAUAAACAAUUAAAUAACAUUAUUUUUUUAAUAUAUCAACUUGAACCUUUUAUGUCUUUCUCAUUGACAAAAUAAUUCAACCCCUUAAAGAUUAUCACUCUCAAGAGCAGAAGGUUCAAUCAGGUGUUUUCAAACAGGCAUUGAAAGCACCUGUAGAUGUGAACAGAACCAUAUUAAGCAGCAAUUAAGCAGAUUUUAAAGGACUUAAGAUACUCAGCUCCUUCUAUACAGUUAAUAGUGUCUUUGCAACAUGAUGAAGUCCAGGGUAUUUGCUCCGUAUAAGAAAGGAAAUGGAAAUAAAAAAGAUAGCAAAGAGACCAUAUUAGAAGCAUAAUUCCCAAGUUGGAAAUGUGGACACGCUACCUGGGUGUGGCAGAAAGAGGAUGCUGUCAGCCACUGCUGUCUGGUACCUUAAACGAGUAGGUACGAAAAUUCCUGCACAGGACUUGUCGGAAGGGAGGUAUCCAGGUUUCAGACCAGACAAAAAGGCGCACGCUUCUGGCCUCCAGGCCAGAACUCCCAGGUGCACCUACCUCUCUGCUGACUCUGAAGCAUAAGAAGAGUCAACUACAGUAAAAAAACAUGUGGAGAACCUCAAAGGUUUUGGAAUAUUGUUCUCUGGAGCAACAAGACAAAAUUGGACAUACUUGGGCCUAUGGCUCAGCGAUGUGUCUGGAAGAGGAAGAACAAGCCUUAUACAGAAAAGUCAUGCUCUGGGGCUGUUUCACUUCUUCAGGUACAGGGAAUCUCCACCAUGUAGAAGAUACCAUAAAUUCAGUUAACUACCAGGAGAUCUUGGGUGGAAAUGUCAAGCAGUCAGUGACAAAGCUGGAGGAGGUUGGACCUUCCAACAGGACAACAAUCCCAAGCAUAAAUCCUAUUCUACCAUGACUUGGUUACAAAAGAAGAGUCUGGAGUGGCCAUCGAAAUCGCCCGACUUAAAUCUUUUAGAAAAUCUGAAGUGGUUCUUGAAGAAGGCAGUUGCAACACGCAAGCUCAAGAAAGUCAAAGAGCUGGAGGUUUUUGCCUGUGAGAAAUAAGCUAAGAAACAUGUUGAUCACUGCAAAAAAAUUGUCAAGCUAUGUUUCACGUCUGAAGGACGUUAUUACAGCCAAAAGGAGUUGUACUAAAGUUUUUUUGGUAUAUUAGAAAACUAUUUUUGUAAUUUAAGUUGCGUUUGUCUAUUAUACAAGUCCUUAUUUGAUUUGAUUGUGAACAAGAUAAAAAAAUAAAUGUUAAAUUUGCUAAGACACUUUACUGCAGUGGGGGGUUGACUAAUCUUGAACACAACUGUAUGUUGACUCUAGCUUUAAAUUUCAUAUAAAAACUCAUAGCUCCUGCCUUUUUUUUUAUUGCCCUGAACUUUUAAGGAUUUCGCAAACAUUGUCCUCAGUUACCUUAGCAGAACUGCUUUUUGUGCUUUAGCCUACUGGUUUUAAAAUCACAAAAGAUCUGCCAGGAUGCUGGUAGGUAUAUUCCGUGCAGAUACUGGUGAACUUGGUUUUUGAAACACCCAAUUAUUUUCAAUUUAAAUAAAGUUUAGUUUUCAAUUA